GAUCCACACAGUGUAGCUCGGGACCGGGACGAUCAUCGGCGCAUCCGAGCCGGUGGAUAAAACCGGAGAAGGGGGGUGAAAGCAUUGCGAGAUGACUGUCGGGUAAACCCCCCCUAGCCCUCCCCUUUUAUUUGGGCUGAAGCACAGCAGAAAGAGAAAGAGAGAGAGAGACCCCGGCCCCCCUCCAGCAUCACCAAUACGAUGGCAUAGCGCUUUCUGCAGCAAAAACUACCAGACUCCGAUCAGCAGGGCUCUCAUCAUCCACCAUGAACCUCUGAAAGACAUCCGACACAAGCACAGAUGGGAUGAAAAUGCGGCGGCACAGGGUGUUCUUGCUCUGCACGGUGGGCCUGUGCGUCAUCUCCUUCCUCCAUUACUACAAGGCCCUACACUACGUCUCCCUGCUGCGUGAGCUCUCCGCCCCGUAUCCCAACAUCAAGUCCUUCAUCAUGGUCACCGGCUUCUUCUGGAGGGAGAAGGGGGCGUCCGCAACCCCGCUCAGCCCCGCCUCCCCUGAAGAGGCUCCUCCCUUACCUGUCCUCCGCUCGGACUCCAAAGCUAGAGGGGUGGUGGGUGCUGUGGGAGGUGGAGGUGGUGGAGGAGGAGGAGGAGGGGGCGGAGGGAUGGAUUUGGGGAUUGAGGGUGUCAUGGCUGGCGGUGCUGGAAUCAUCGGCAGUGCAGGGCUGGAGUUGAGGCUCAGGGAAGAGCCAGCGCCUCCUCACCCUUGGGAGAAACCGGAGGAGAACCAGCGAGGAGAUGCUCGAAAUGAGGAGAGAGCUGAACCACCUGACCACCUGAGGCCAAGGAACCCCAGCAAUCCAGACCAGCCUGCUGGGCCAGACCUCCCAGAGGUCCUAUUAGUGAGGAAAGAGCAUCGGGUGGCCAAGGAUCAAUUACCAGACUCUGUAGAAGCCAUGGGAGACCUCCACACUCGCACUCACCAGCUUCAACAUGACAAAACACCGUACUUUGUCCGAACCAAAGCUGGAGCCCUCUGCUUCAGGCAGGGGACUGAGGUGGCGACCCCAAAGGAGUACUCUGGGAAAUCAGGGGGCGCUGUGGCCAAUGGAGCUGGGGAAGUUGGUCGGGCUGGGGCUGCUGGGCAACGGAAACCUCUGCAGGUCCAGCAGCAGCCGUCCACACCUCCAAAAUCAAAAGCGAGGGUUAGGGGCAACGGUAAGCGGCUGGUCAAGUGCGUGUGUCGGCCGGGAUGGCACGGACCUUACUGUGGGGUUCCCACAAUGGUUUACCACUCCAAUCUGCCCACCAAGGAGCGCCUGACGCCACGAGAGACUCCGCGGAGGGUGAUCAACGCCAUCAAUGUCAACCACGAGUUUGAUCUGCUGCACGUACGCUUUCAUGAGCUCUCCCAAGCCGUCGAUCUGUUCCUUGUUUGUGAAUCCAACUUUACUGCCUAUGGAGAGAGACGGACUCUGGGUUUCCUGCAGCUCCUCCUUAAUGGUACUUAUGACUACAUACGUCACAAGAUCCUGUACGUGUUCCUGGACCACUUCCCAGACGGCGGUCGGCAGGAUGGUUGGAUCGCAGAUGACUACCUGCGUACCUUCCUGACACGCAACGGCAUGUCCAGAGUGAUAGGCAUCAGGUCAGAUGAUGUCUUCGUCAUCAACGAUGCUGAUGAAAUCCCAGCACGUGAAGGCCUCCUUUUCCUCAAGUUGUUUGAUGGCUGGACAGAGCCUUUCGCCAUCCACAUGCGCAAGUCACUGUAUGGAUUUUUCUGGAAGCAGUUUGGCUCUCUCGAGGUUGUAUCAGGCUGCACAGUGGGGAUGCUCCGCGAUGUCUACGAUGGCGACGGUAUCAAACUGCGCCGUCGUGAAUACUACACCAUGCCGGGUUUCCGCAAGUACGAAAACGACACGGGUCACAUCCUGGUGCAGUGGUCGUUGGGAAGCCCCUUCCAUUUCGCUGGCUGGCAUUGCUCCUGGUGCUUCUCGCCAGAGGGAAUCUACUUAAAACUGGUGUCAGCGCAGAACGGAGACUUCCCACGCUGGGGCGACUACGAGGAGAAGCGAGACCUCAACUACAUCCGUGAUCUGAUCCGGACGGGGGGCUGGUUUGAUGGCUCCUUGCAGGAAUAUCCCCCUGUGGACCCCAAAGAGCACAUGUACGCCCCCAAGUACAUGCUGGAGAACUUCAACAGGUACCACUACCUCCUGGAGAACCCUUACAGCAAAAUGCCCAGACUAAGUGAUGGCUAGGAGUACAGUGGGGAAUAAAUAUGUGAACUAACUAGCAGGCCCUAAACGAGGCCUCAGCAGAGUUUUUGGGGGGGCAGAAUGGUACUGACGAACUACAUCUCUCAUUGGAGCGAUACUAAAUAGUAUCUCCGCCAAGCAGCACUGAUGUUGCAGGGAUUUAAAAUCUCUUAAAAAUAAUUAUUUUGGGGUUCAAAAGGGAACACUGAAUCACAUCCACCAUGGAUUUACGGAGAGAGUGUUGAGAGGACACAACCACUGGAUAACAGAGUCAUUGAUUUCCUCAUUCCUCCCUUUUUGGGGGAGGUGCCAAGCUAUCUCUCUAUUCGUCAGCCCGCUCCUGUCCUUCCUUUCUUCACCCAAACUGAUUUGACAUGCCAUCUGAGAGAGAGAGAGGGCGGCUGCUUCGAAGCAAAGCAAGGGAUAUUUCGCAGGCGUGUGUGAAACCUGUCGGGAAGAGAAAACUUGGGAAUUGAAGGAUUGUUUUAUUUGUUUGUUUGUUUUUUGUUUCUGUCUGUGAUCACUAAAGUUUACGAACCGGCUGAUGUUCAUGAUCCACCCCCUCCACCUUCAAAUGUCUUCCUGUCAUAUUUGGUGACCUCUUUCCAGAAAUGCAGACACAACAAACAUUCAGAUAUUGUGCUUUUCAUUUGGGUCUCAGUAGAAAAUGAUAAAUACUAUUUAAAUC